UGGAGCCCGUGCGGCCGCGAAACUCGGCGUCGCCGGGUAUAAUACAUAUGUUUUUAAUCAUCUUCGUGUGUUUCGUCGUCUGGACGCUAAUUAGAAUGGACAAUGGAUUGACUAGCACAGACAAGAAGAAGGGGAGAGACAAAACGACAGGGCAGCUUAAUGCAAGUACCGAGCGUAAGGCGUCCGGAUGCAAUUGGGAGACGUACAAGAGCCUGUUUUCUAGAGCGAAGACAGAAGAGAGCGCUGGGGAAAAGAGUGUCUCGCAGAACAGGCGUCCGAGGAUUAAGAAAGUAUACACUACUCCACUUUAUAUGGAGCCACGGGAGGAAGGCGGCAAGGACAGUGUCGUCAGGAACAAAGAAAACAAGACUCUGACGAAGCAGAUCGCCAUGGACUGCGAGAUGGUCGGUAUCGGCGAGCACGGCGUGGAAAGCAUGAUAGCCCGGGUGUCAAUUGUAAAUAAAUACGGCGAUUGCAUGUACGACAAGUACGUCCAGCCGAGGGAGAAGGUCGUGGAUUACAGAACGGCGAUCAGCGGCAUCCGGCCGGAGCACUUGCGGAACGGCGAGAGCUUCGGCGUCGUGCAGAAGGAGGUGGCGGACAUCCUUAGGGGCCGCGUUUUAGUGGGCCACGCGCUGAAGCACGACCUCAACGUGCUGUACCUGUCGCAUCCGCGCAGAUAUUGGCGGGACACCUCGAGAUACAAGCCCUUCCGGCAGAUAUCGAAGGGCAACACUCCCAGCCUGAAGAAGCUCGCGCACGAAUUGUUAGGCAGGGAGAUACAAGUGGGCGAGCAUAGCUCCGUGGAAGACGCGAGGGCGGCGAUGCAGUUGUACAUGUUGUAUAAAAAUAAGUGGGAGUCGGGGAGGAAACACUGACGAACGGACAAUGUCGCGGGGGAGAUAUUCCAUUGUCUUUUCGAGUCUUUCGCGGGACGUGUCCGCGUAACAAAAAGAGAUACGUCACCAAGUAAGACAAUCUUAUGAGACCCAAGAACAAUACAGUGCUACUUUUGCCAUUUGUAUUUGUUCGAUCGUACGAUCAUGCUUUAUUAAACGGUUAUACUUGAUAUUAAGUUGUAAUAGUAUAUUCUAUUCUAGGUAAUAAAUCGACAUAUACAUUUUACUGUAUAUAGAGGUAAGCACGUCAUUUGUAUCGCACGACAUAAUUUCAGUCAGUUAUUGUUUCUUCCUCUCGACAUUUUCUAAGCUAACCGACGUCGCAUUUGGGGAUAGUCGCUCAUAUAAGAGAGGUUGAAGGUCUCGGCGCGUUCGUUUGGUAAACACGCGGGAUAUACGACCUUAUCGGUAUCAGCCUUAUCCCCCUUUCCUUAAUGAUCGCUUAAUACCGUACUCGGUCACUUUGCUCCUCGCUUCAGCUGCGACACGUGCACCGCGCACUCCGCUGAUUCUCGUUUUCGUGCGAGCGCUUCGUACUUUUCCAUCGGUGAGUAACUAGAUUGUACUUUAUCAAAACUUUAUCUUGAAUUUGAUUAACGCAUCGCGACGUCUGUCUCUUAUCACGUCUCGUCAAACGCGUUCUAUUUGGGCAUAUUUAACGUACAAGUUAGUCGUAUCUUCAGAACCUUGACUCGCAUCCACGAGAUUCAACGUUGAGCGUGAGAGGUUUCAAACGAUUUAUAUUGAGAAAAAAAUAAUAUGAAUACUUGUAUUUUUUCUUAAUACGUGAUAAAGUGCACGGAGGAAAGAA